CGCCCCCUACACCCCCACACCUGCUCCCAGGUAACAGGCCCACACAGCUCUACUUCUGGCCUGCAGCCCUGGGGAGUUCCACAGCAGGACUGGCUGGCCCUCCCUGAGUAGCUGUGUGCACCCAGUCCGACCACACCCCCACCAGAGGAUCACGGCCCCUGGGGGGGUUUCUUCUGCCUGGAACCCAUGUCAUGGGUGCCUAGAAUCCCCUCUCGGCCCCCAGAUUGGCCUUCCUCAGGAAGGGCACUGGUCACAGGAGUCCCCUACCCUCAAGUGGGUGGGAUUCAUGGCCUUGAUGAGAUGACAAUGUGAGAGUGGAGAGUUCAUUACUCACUGGCUCUGAGGACAUCCUCACCUUGCUGUGGAGGGGAACACACCAGAGAAUAGCAGGUAGCCUCCAGGAGCCAAGAGCAGGACCUUGGAGCUACCACCGCUAAGGCCUAAAUUCUGCCAACAGCCAGGUGACCUCAGAAAAGCACCCUGAGCUUCAGGUAAGGGUGCACAGCCCAGACAACACCUCAAUGGCAGCCUCAUGUGACCUGGAGCAGAGGACCCAGGCUGCCAAGCCUAGACCCCUGACCCCUGGAAAUGUGAAGUCACGAAAGUGUGUUGCUCUAAGCCACAUCACACAGUGAUGGAAGGAUUAACAUUAUUUAUUUUUAUUUAGUUUUUUUUGAGACAGAGUCUCACUAUGUCGCCCUCAGAAGAGUGCCAUGGCAACCUCCAACUCUUGGACUUAAGAAUUCUCUUGCCUCAGCCUCCCAAGUAGCUGGGACUCUAGGCGCCUGCCACAACAUCCAGUUGUUUUUUUGUUUGUUUGUUUUUGGUUGUAGUUGUCGUUGUUUGGCAGGCCUGGGCUGGGUUCGAACCCACCAGCUCCAGUGUAUGUGGCUGGUCACCUAGCCACUGAGCUACAGGCGCCGAGCCAGACAUCAGCAUCAUUAAACCAGCCAUGUGACCUGCACCACCCCUUCUACCUCAAAUAUGACAAGGUGGUUGAAGAGUGUGAUGCUUUCAGAGAAAGCAGGGACAUUUCAGGUGAGAGACUCCGUAAACAUUUAUUCUGUUGCUAGUGAGGUGUUUGUCUCAUUGUCUAUUUGCAACAUACAACCAGCAUUUUAUAAGCUGAUGGCAUCACUGAGAAUGAGACUGAUUGCUCUAAAAAGCAAACUGGAUACCAUCCACAAAUUGUGCUUUUGUAUUCACCCAAAGGAGGUGAAAGCUGGUGUGCACACAAAACCUGCACAAGGAGAGUAAUUAUAGCAACUUUAUCUAUCACUGCCCAAUUGAGAGCAACCAAGAUGUCCUUCCCAGGUGAAUAGAUAGAUAAACCAUGUUCUGUCCAGACAAUGAACUAUUUGCCGUUAAAAAGAAAUGCACAAUUGAGCCACGAGAAGAUGCAGAGGAACCAGGAAUAUAUUACUAACUGAAAGAAGCCCACCUGAAAAGGCUGUGUGGAGACUGUGGUUCCAAGUCUGACGUUCUGAAAAGGCAAAACUCUGAGACAGUGAAAAGAUCAGAGGUGGCCAGGGGCUUGGAGGGAGGAAGGAAUGAGUAGGUGGAACACAAGGGAUGUUUAGGGCACUGACACUAUAAUGGUGGACACAUAUAUUAUGCAUUUGUCCAAAUCUAUAGAAAGUACAGCAUGAGAAGUGACCCCUAAUGUCAGUUAGGGGCUCUGGGUGAUAAAGACAUGGUGUAGGUUCAUCAUUGGAAACAAAUCCACCACUGGGGGCUAUGCAUGUGUGGGGACAGGGGUAUAUGAGAACACUGUACCUUCUGCUCAAUUUUGCUAUGAGCUUAAAAUACUCUGAAAAGUAAGGCCGGUCAUGGUGGCUCACUCCUGUAAUCCUAGCACUCUAGGACAUUGAGGUUGACGGAUCCCUUGAGCUCAAGAGUUCAAGACUAGCCUGAGCAAGAGUGAGACCCCAUCUCAAGGAAAAGAUUGCUUGAGCCCAAGAGAUUGAAGUUGCUGUGAGCUAUGACGCCGUGGCACUCUACCCAGGGUGACAGAGUGAGAUUUUGUCUCAAACAAGAAAACUACUCUAAAAAAUAAAUUUUUAUGAUUCUAGCGCUUGGGAGGCCAAGGUGAGUGGAUUACCUGAGCUCAGAGCAAGACCUCAUCUCUAAAAAAUAGCUGGACAUUGUGGCAGGCGCCUAUAAUCCCAGCUACUCAGGAGGCUGAGGCAAGAGAAUCACUUGAGCCCAAGAGUUUGAGGUUGCUGUGAGCAUUCUACUGAGGGCAACAAAGUGAGACCCUGUCUCAAAAAAAUAAAUAAAAAUAAAAAAUAAAUUUUAAAAACAUUUACUCCCAGUCAGCCUCAGAAUGCUGUGGUGGGGUCAGGCUAGGUGGGCGGCUGUAGGGAUAGAUGUGCAGGCCAAGGUCUUGGUCAGUAGCCUUCCCCAUCUGGGCUUCCCUUUUCUCCCAGGGCCUUUGGGAUCCAGGCAGAUGAGGAUGUAUAGCCCAGUUUCCCACUCUGCCCGGCCCUGAGGUUUUCCAGCUCCUUUUGAACAGAGUUUGGGCACUUGGUACAGUUGAACAAAUGGACUCUGAUUUGGGGCCCAGACAGGAAUAAUAGGAAAUCAAAGUUGGGCUGGCUGGACCCCAAACACAGCCAUCAGUGUGACCUUGGGUGUAACCAGUGGCACCUGGUGAGACAGGAUCAAGACAGGAUCUUCUCUGGCCAGUCAGGUGGAUUAAAGUUCCUGUCCAUAGGGUGAGGCCCAGCCUGGGAAUGACGUGUGGUGGCACCACAUUUGUGGGUGCCUGUGUGAUGUCUAACUUGGCCACUGACCCUGAUCUUUCAAUGGACACCCUGAGGAGAGAGGAAGGCCAGGUAGGGACCACACUCAAGGGCUUCCAGAGGGUCCUGAAGGGUAAAAGGGUGAAGAAACUCAGGAUAAGCCACCAACCCAUGUCUGUUUGCCAGUUUCCCCCCAUUAAAAAUUAUUUGAAUUGUAGUAAAACACACAUAGCAAAACUUACAUCACAACCAUAUUUCAUGGUGUAGUUUAGCGGUGAUGUGUAUAAUCCCAGUGUUGUCCAACAGUUACCACCAUUCAUCUCCAGAAGUUUCUCCUCUUCCCAGACACUCUGUCCCCAUUAAACACUAACUCCCCAUCCUUCUCCCCACCCCCUAGCACCCACUGUUCUUCUCUCUGUCUGUGAAUGUGGCAACGCCAAGGACCUCACACAGUGGAAUCACAUAGUAUUUAUCUUUCCGUGACUUGUUCAUUUCACAGACUGUCCUCAAGGUUCAUCCACCUUGUAGCAUGUGUCAGAAUCUCUUUCCUUUUUAAGCCUAAUAGUAGUCUGCCUUUUUUUAAAAACUGAGUUUUUAUGGAAAGAAACAUGCAGAAAGAAAAUUCCAGCAGUACAAAGGAGCACAUGGAGACAGCAGACACCCUGAGUUCCUCUCCCCGAAAGCAGUUGUAAAGCGUCCUCUGGGAGGUGGCUGGGCACAGCCUGUGUCCAAUUGGAAUGGUGUCAUUGUCACCCACAGCCCUGGUAUUUUGCUUGCCAUGUCUGGGAUUCCCCACCUACCCCGAUUUGGCACAAUUGUUCCCAGAGUGGCCAUGGCUGGGCAAUCCCCCACUCUGGUUGUCUUCCUGUGCGUGUGUGUCUGGCAGAAAUUCCCAGACUUGAGGCUACAGGCGUUUGCGUCACAACUUUGAUGCAUAAUCACCAAAUGACCCUGCCCUGGCAUCCCUGAGUUGCCAGUGUUCCCAGCUUCCCCAGCCUGAUUUCCUAAUCUGCUCACCCAGAAGGGAGCAGGGAGGUCCAGGCCUGGUUUUCCCUUGUGCUAAGGGUGUCCCUGGCCACCAGAUUUCAUAAACAUAGGCGUGAAGCUGAAUUUGUCUUUGGUAGUUGUGGAAACUGCUCAGAAACGGAGACGAAGCCUCUGGCUGAGUGCCCUGCCUGGGCCAGAGUGCUCUGGGCCUGGGUUUCCCGUCCCUGUGCUGGGGGCUGACUCUCGCUAGGACUCUGCUCAGUCACUUCCUGGCUGGUGCCUGAGUCCUGAGUGUGUAACACUAAGAUUAGGGCUUGAAGAGGCAGGAAAUGGCCGCAUUGGACCCCUCCUCCAUUCCUGGUUUAUUUUAUCUUCCCCACAACCUUCUGCCCUCCUCCUGGCUUCCAGACUCCCACCCCUGCCCCAGUAUGGGGCUCCCCAGGGCAUGACAUGUUCUGUGUGCUGGGGAGCAAAAGGGCACCCACCCCUCCGAGCCUCAGUUUCUUCAUUUGCACAGUGGGUAUCCCCACAGAGCAGCCAGGAGCAGGAAGGUGCAGGGGCUGAAAGAGAGAUGGUCGCCUCCCUUGGUGGCCACCCAUGGCCCCUCCUGGGCUCCAGGCUGAGAGUGGGCCAGGACAGGAGCAGAGGGGCUUUAAGACCAGGAUAGGCACCUCCCAGGGGCCACCAGCAUGGUCCCCUGGGACCCCUGGGGUAGCACACUAUUAGCAUCAGGGACAGGGUGAACACGGAGAGCUGUCCUCAGCAGACCCCAGAUUCGCAAGGUUCCUCCACCUCUGCACCUCACUUUGCUCCUGCCCAGGGGGUGGUGCAAGGGCAGUUUUGGGGUGAGAUGGUAGUGAGAUGGAGUAGCCCUGCCUAGGACCCGAGGUAUGUUAGGGGCUACCAUUGACCUGCUCUGACCUGUGACCCACAUAGGCAGGGCUCUUAUCCUGCUCAUCAGAGACAGGAAGUAGAGGUGGCUUCAGGAAGGGCUAAGAGUUCCCCUUGGCCAGAGGCAGAGGGGAUACCUGGACGGCGAGGCUGUCCCCAGAAUAGGAGCUGCAUACGUGAACCGCCAGAGGAAGUGGCCACUUGGGCCACAGAUGCUUCCUGGCCUGGACAAGGACUAGGGGUGGGGCCUAAAGCCUGGGACCCCCCUUUGCCUUGCUGGCCCAGCACUUAGGCCCUUGGGAAAGCGCUUCAGGGUGACAAAGUGACUUGGAGGGGCCUGGCCGCUUCAGCCAACAUUCUGGGCCUCUCACAGGCAGCUGGGAGGUUCAAGGGGACAAAGGCUGUGCUUCCCUGGUUUAUCUCGCUAGACACAGUCUGCUCCUCCGCCCAGGAUCCGGAAUCCGGGGAUGAGGGUCUGGUGAGGCAGGAAGCCCAAGGCCACAGCCCAGAGCAGCCGGAGGACAGCCAUGUGGAGUUACCUGCUACUGUGGUCCUUGGUGUUGGCAGUCACCUUGGUGGGCAGCACCCAGACCCCCAGCAUCUAUGACGAGGGCGGGAGCACUGGAGGAGGUGAUGACGGCUCACUGGGGCCCUGGGCCAGGCCCACGGAAGCGAUGCCCCUGCUCCCACCCAACCCCCGCAGCUUACCAGGUCAGGUCUUCACCAACGACAGUGACACUCUGGAGCUCCCGGACAGUUCGCGGGCACUGCUGCUGGGCUGGGUGCCCACAAGGCUGGUGCCCACACUCUACGGGCUGGUCCUGGUGGUGGGGCUGCCCACGAAUGGCCUGGCACUGUGGGUGCUGGCCACGCAGAUGCCGAGGCUGCCCUCCACCGUGCUGCUUAUGAACCUGGCGGCUGCUGACCUCCUGUUGGCCCUGGCACUGCCCCCACGGGUCGCCUACCACCUGCAGGGCCAGCGCUGGCCCUUUGGUGAGACAGCCUGCCGCCUGGACACGGUCGCACUCUACGGCCACAUGUACUGCUCUGUGCUGUUGCUGGCGGCCAUCAGCCUAGACCGCUACCUGGCCCUGGUUCACCCACUACGGGCCCGUGCCCUGCGUGGUGGGCGUCUGUCUGUUGGGCUCUGUGCAGCUGCCUGGCUCAUGGCAGCUGCCCUGGCACUGCCCCUGGUCCUUCAGCGGCAGACCUUCCGGCUGUCACGCUCUGACCGUGUGAUCUGCCAUGAUGCACUGCCCCUGGCUGCCCAGGCCUCCCACUGGCGGCCAGCCUUCACCUGCCUGGCGCUGCUGGGCUGCUUCCUGCCUCUGCUGGCCAUGCUGCUGUGUUACGGGGCCACCCUCCACGCGCUGAGCACGGCUGGCCAGCGCUAUGGCCAUGCACUCAGGCUGACAGCACUAGUGCUGGCUUCGGCCUUGGCCUUCUUCAUGCCCAGCAACCUGCUGCUGCUGCUGCACUACUCGAACCCCAGCCCAGAUGCCUGGGGUGACCUCUAUGGCGCCUACAUGCCCAGCCUGGCACUCAGCACCCUCAACAGCUGUGUGGACCCGAUCAUCUACUACUAUGUGUCAGCGGAGUUCAGGGACAAGGUGUGGGCGGGGCUCUGCAGGCAGAAGCCAGUGGGUACUGUGGCCUCCAAGCCCUCCAGGGAGGGGGGCACCCACUCCUCAUCACUCCUUUAACUGCCCUUCUGGCUGGGAGCGGGGACUCACACCUAUAAUCUCAGUGCUCUGGGAGGCCAAGGCAGAAGAAUCCCUUGAGGCUUGAGGUUAGAUGAUCCCUUGAUGUCAGACACUUGAGGCCAGCCUGAGUAAGAGUGAGAACCUGUCUCUACUAAAAGAGUGGAAAAAAAUUAGCUGGGCAUUGUGGCAGACUGCUGUAGUCCCAGCUACUUAGGAGGCUGAGGCAGGAGGAUCAUUUAAACCUAAGAGUUUGAGGUUGAUGUGAGCUAUGAGGAGGCCAUUGCAUUCUAGCCUGGGCAACAGAGUGAGACCCUAUCUCAAAAAAAAAAAAAAAAAGCCCUCUGAAGGAGUGGGAAGGGGACAGAGGUUGAACUGGGUUGAAUAUGGUCCCCUCUCCCCAUCAUUAACAUCCUUCCAGGAAUCAGAGAAUGGGAUCUUAUUUGGAAAUAGGGUGAUCACAACUGUAAUUAGUUAAAAUUAAGUCACACUGGAGUAUGGUGGGCCCUAAAUCCCAUCUGAGUGGUGCCCCCUAAGAGGAGAGGACACAGAAACACAGGGAGGCAGGGACACAGGGGAAGAUGGCCAUGUGACGAUGGAGGCAGACAUCAGAGUAAUAUAGACAGAAGCCAGAGGACAACAAGGGUCACUGGCAGCUCCCUGAACCCAGGGGGAGGCCUGGGCCAGAUUCUCCCUCAGAGCUUCCACAAAAUACCAGCCCUGCCAACACCUUGACCUUGGACUUCUGGCCUCGAGCUGAGACAAUAAAUUUCUGUUGUUUGAAGUUACCCGGUGUUUGGGGCUUUGUUACCCUAGGAAUCCAAAACAAGAGAAAUGCAUGUUCUGGGGCAGCCAGCUCUUCAGUUCGGCUCCCUGGACUUGACUGAUGUGCAGGUGAUGAGGUGGACAUGUCUGUGGAUCCUGUGCAGGGUCCUGCCCUGCCCAGGAUGAAGCUCAGUGACACCACCGCUGCCACACCCAGUGCCUGAUGCUGGAGCUCUAUAGACCCAGAGCCUGGUUGGCCUGAUAGGCCAUUGUUGUCCCCAGAAGCCCAAGUUCUGGCUUUGGGACGUCUCUCGAGCAAUCAGAACGCCCCCUCCAUACAUACUCUGUUCCCCCAAACCCAUCAGUAGUACAACUCAGCCUCCUGCCGGCCCCCUAGCUACAGGCCACCAUCAUUCUCUCCCUUAACCCAUGGCCUGAUUUCUCUUUUCACUUUAUGUCAACGUCACUGUGGACAAGGCGGGACAAGAGGGUGGACAGUGCAUGCUGUAGGCGCUGCAGGCUGCUCUGAGCUGUGCUGAGGCACCAGAGGCCAUGCCUGUGCCUGCUGAGGACACAGAAGGACAAGCUGUAGCCUCCAGCACACCUUUCCCCCAGUUGCCUCCACACUAGCAAGCAUCAUGGGGCAGAGUCAGAAGCCACUGGGACCUAAACUGUGGGGAGCAUUGCUGGGCU